AUGGCGCCGAAUCCCAUCAUGAUACCACGGAAACCAGUUCCAGGACGAUCUCAGAAGACGCCAGAUCCCAGUAGACCGUCUACAGCCAACUUCCAACAUGCCCUCACCGUCGUGUCGUUACUUCUCCUCGUGGCCGCUUUUCCAUGGGCCCGUCGAUGGUUGCUGUCCGGUGCCGCCACGGAAUCUCUCCUGGUCGUCUAUGGCGCCCAAACAGGCAAUCGAAUCUUCUCCGACAUACCCCUCUGGACGCUUCUCGCCACCUUCAACCUGCUCUACGCCAUCUGUUCCACCUCCUGGCUUCUACAUGGCCUCUUUUCGGCUUUUUGUUACCUGACAAUCCUGAUCACGAGCAUCUGGCAGUUCGAGAUCGCUGCGAAUCUGGCGAGAAAGGUGCUCCGAAAGCUCCUCGGUCAUCACCCGCAUUUUGUUAAAGACAAGCUGGCCCUGUUCAACUUGCCCGCAUUGGAAAUCGACACCGACGUGGAUGGGCUCUUCGUCAUCCGAGGCGUGACCAUCUCAUUGUCAAACUUGACGCUCGUGGCGCAUGGAAUCGAACUUGGUGAGCCGCAGCAGGCGCACGCUUGGCCCUCCCCCUGCUAACGUCGUGAAAGGUCUCAAGGUCGCCGACGACAUCGAGCUCGCCAUUUAUGUCGAUGAAGUAGUCGUCCAAUUCUUUCGACGAAUCGAGAUUGGAGAUGUCUACGCCAAUGUCAAGGGCGGCCAAUUCGAAAUGACAUUUGCUGGUCUGGAAGACCCGACCGACGAUGCAACUGGCGAGGACUGCGUCUUUCUCGAUAAUACACCGCUGCUUCGAGCCGCCACUGCAGGCUCCGAGGGUUUCAACGACCGACCAAAGCUUCGAGAGUCUUUGACCGGUGUCAGCUACAUGCGAGACUCGUCCGCAAGAGCUGGCCUGGACAUGGUCACGAGGCUCUCGCCGGCUGAUGAAAUUGCCGACAAGCAGUAUUACGAGAGGCUGAACGAAAUCAGGACUGGAAGUGCAGUCUUUCAGUCUCGACAACAAGUACGCCACGAGGCAAAGACGAGGCAGGGCUUCGCGCCUGAAGACGAAAAAGACAUGCGUGCUGCGGUCAGCACAGAAUUGCACAAGCUGCCUUCGGUGCCCCAUCCGCCUUCACGAUCAGUUCGAGUGACAACACUGCAGAAGCUAUCGCCGCCAUAUGUCCGGAACUUUCUGCACAGACUACCGUUUCUUCUACGGCUGCUGCUCGCACCUCUCAGCUACUUCCAUCCCGUCAACAUCGCCAGCAUCAAUGCUGCAGGGUCAGGACAGUGGCUCUCGCAACUCUUGGAGCAAGAAGUCUUCAAAACCUAUACAUCCUCAAGCGGCGAACUCAGACGUCUACAUCGGAGGAUUUCGCAAUGGCUCGCAGGUGCCAACUUCUGCGUGCAACUCACCGAUGUCUACGGCCUCGGCCAAGUCCCACUCAGCACCUACUUCGACAUCAUCACGUAUCUCAAAUUCGACGAUGUGCUGGCUUACCGGACCGCACCACAAACGGGGACCAUCAGCCAAGUCGUCCGACUAGGUGGCGCGGAUGCCACAUUCACCAUCCCUUCUUUCCUCCUCCCUCACCACGAGCACCUCGUACCACCGGAACCGACACGAAAAGACGAAAAGGACCUCAAAGUCGAAAUCGACCACGCGGAUGGAGUGCCCAAAGCAGUCCAAGCCGAACGAGAUCUCAAAAGAGUUCAAAAAGACGAAACAACAGUAGCCAUGAGCGUCCACGGCAGUCUCCCCGUCUCUUGUGAUCAGAGCCUCCUCAAUUUCAUCGCGGCACUCGUCAAAGCAACCAAGAUCAUCGAACUGGAGAAAGAAGUCGACAUUGUCGAUCAACAACAACAGUCCACCAACGACCCCACUCCCUCCGAACCCGACCCCGACGAAAUCUCACUCCCAAGCACCACCACCACCUCCUCAACCUCCACCUCAACAUCCACCUCGAAACAAAUCUCCGGCUUCCGCGUCCUCGCCCAGAACAUCCGCCAGAACCUCCGCGACGGCACCACCAGCGCCAGCAUCAAAGACCUGGCGCGCGAGAUUCACCAGACCACGAAAGAUGGAAUCAAAAAGGCCGCCGUCGGCGGGCUGGUCAAUGAUCGCUGGAUCGCAAAGAUUGUCGGCAAGACGGCCGCCAUGCUGCAGAAGGCCCAGGGCGAUGUCGGGUAUAGUGGGAGUAUGCCCAUUGCGUUGGCGCCGUAUCGCGGUGGGGAGGGGUUGGCGGCGAAAUUGUUGCCGUGA